AUGAUAUCAAACUAUAUAAAUUUGUGCAAGAUAAUUAGAGUAUGUGGCAGAAAACAAGCAAAUUAUCUUGCUUUGAAUGUACCUCAGAAAUUGUUCUCAACAAAUAAUAAAACAUCACAGAAAAAUGAAGAAAAGUUUGAACAAAAAUCUCAGGAAAAACCUCUUGUGAAGAUAAUCAAAGUUUAUCGAUGGAAUCCAGAAUACCCCAAUAUAAAACCAUUUGUACAAAAAUUUGAAGUAGACUUGAAUAAAUGUGGUUCAAUGGUACUUGAUGUUCUUCACUUUAUUAAAUCUGAUUUAGAUCCAACAUUAUCUUUUCGAAGAUCAUGUAGAGAAGGCAUUUGUGGAAGUUGUGCAAUGAACAUUAAUGGAGUUAAUACAUUAGCUUGCAUCACGAAAACUAACAGAGACACUAGUAAACCAUUGAUAAUAUAUCCUUUGCCACACACUUAUACCAUUCGGGAUUUAAUACCAGAUAUGACUCAUUUUUUAAAACAAUAUAAACAAAUAGAGCCAUUUUUAAAACGUGAUGAAGGAAAUGACUUCAUAGGAAUGAGGCAAUUAAUGCAAAGUGAAAGAGACAGAAAAAAAAUAGAUGGUCUGUAUGAGUGUAUACUUUGUGGUUGCUGUACAUAUGCUUGUCCUCCUUACUGGUGGGCUGGAGAAAAGUAUUUAGGUCCUGCAGUACUAAUGCAAGCAUAUAGAUGGAUUAUUGAUUCACGAGAUCAAGAACAUAAAAAAAGACUUGAUAAAUUGAAAGAUUAUUUUUCAAUUUUUCGUUGUCACACAAUAUUCAAUUGCACAAGAACGUGUCCAAAAGGAUUAAAUCCAGGAAGAGCCAUUGCAGAAUUAAAACGUUUAGUUUCAGGGCUUACUGAUAAAGAAGAGCCAGAUAUGAACACUCCUGUACCAAGUCGAUGCAAAGGAGAAUCUACUUUAUUAAAAUGCAAGUAG